AUGCCCUGCCACAACGCCACCCCCACCCCACAGCAGCAGCUGAGCCGCCCCGAGCAGAGCAGCCCCCCCCCGCCCAAACAGGUCAGGUUCGCCCCCCCCAGCCCCAGCCCCAGCCCCAGCCCGGAGGGGACUCCCCAGCCCGGACCCCAACUCAAGCUCCUGCCCAUGAACGAUCAGAUCAGGGAGCUUCAGACCAUCAUCAGGGACAAGACCACCAGCAGAGGGGACUUCGUCUUCUGUGCUGACCGCCUGAUCAGACUGGUCGUCGAAGAGGGCCUCAAUCAGUUGCCGUACUCGGAGUGCACAGUCACAACCCCUACAGGCCACAAAUAUGACGGGGUGAAGUUCGAGAAGGGAAACUGUGGUGUGAGCAUAAUGAGGAGUGGCGAAGCAAUGGAACAGGGUCUGAGAGAUUGUUGUAGGUCAAUCCGCAUUGGAAAAAUCCUAAUACAGAGUGACGAGGAGACCCAGAGAGCCAAGGUGUACUACGCAAAGUUCCCGCCCGACAUAUACCGCAGAAAGGUCCUUCUGAUGUACCCCAUACUGAGUACUGGUAACACAGUCAUCGAGGCAGUAAAGGUCCUCAUUGAACAUAGAGUGCAACCCAACCACAUAAUCCUCCUCAGUCUUUUCUGCACACCGCACGGCGCCAAGUCCAUUAUUGACGAAUUCCCCGAGAUCACAAUUCUAGCGACCGAGGUCCACCCAGUGGCACCCACGCACUUCGGCCAGAAGUAUUUCGGCACAGACUGAGACCAGGGAUGAUCCAGUGCAGUUUUUACCCGGGACAAAGACUGCAGCGACACCCAUUCGUAACAAGCAUGUUUCUUUUGUGGAGGGAGGGUGGAGGUUGGGGAAACAAGUUUUUUUUAAGUGUUUAAACUGAUCUUACCUUAUGCGUGACUGGGGGCAUCCGAUGUGAACUUAUUACCUCCCUCCCUCCCGCCUUCCCUCCCUGCCGCCCUCCUUCCCUCCGUACUUUUGGGGAUUUUUUAAUAUAUGAUAUAUAUAUUUAAUAGCCCCAAAAAGCCUGCUUUGAAAAGCACAUUCCAAUUCGAUCAGAAUAAUUCACGCUGUGCUUGCUUUGAAUCUUUGUGGCGUUUAUUCUCUUCCAUCUAUUUAUUUGUUUGCAAAUCGAGGCGGUGCCCAUUCGCAUUUUAAAAAUCAAUAAAAAUAAAUUAUUUUAAAAAA